CACUUCAACCGACCAGGCAAGAUAAUCCCCUAUACACAUACCGAUCCCUUCAAAAAGAUCACCAAACCCUCCUGGGUUACCAACCGCCAGUCAUCCAGCUUGCCGUACCAGCUCAGCGCACUGAAGAAAGAUGGUGAUAAGGAGAAGGCAUGUCUGACCGAGUGCAGGAAAGAGAGAGACGAAGUGGAGGCCUACUGCACAAGUGAGUUUGCAGUGAAUGGGAUUGUUUAUAACAUGGAAAGGCUGGGGAAUGGCGUCCACCUGAUCACGCUUUUGGUAAACAGCGAUGGAUUGUACAAGAUGAGUCGCCUCUAUACUACUCCUGAUGCCUUCUUCUUCCGAGUUCACAUUCUAGUUGUGGAUACUUUAAACUGCAGUAAACCGUGUCCGGACUUGAAACUUGGCAGCAGAUACAUCCUGAUGGGUCAGAUCUACCACAAGAGACGACAGAUCCCUGCAGACCUGCUGCCGUUCCUGCGGGGGCACCUGAGCCCGGGGGAUGGUUUGCUUCGGAGCGGCAGCAGCUACGUGAAGAGAUUCAACAGGAAGAGGAACCGCAAGGUGCAGGCGGCUCACACCAAAUGCAGAUAAGGCUUCAGUAACCUCCUCUGAUAGGCAGCAGAAG